GCUCGCCGCCUCCGUCGCAGCGGCGGCUGCUCUCGUCGACGUGGCUGUCGCUUCUGUCCCAGCCAUCGUCAUCAAGGGAUCCAAAUUCUUCUACGAGAACAACGGCACUGAAUUCUUCAUCCGUGGUGUGGCCUACCAGCGUAAGACAUCCAUCACCUUCGUGUCUGCCCGGUCAAUUCCAAAUUAACUCAAUCCUUUCACAGCCACCUACGAUGGUACAGGCACGACGACCUCCGCUGGCACGGUUGAUUACGUCGAUCCUCUGGCCAACGAAACCAUCUGCAAGCGGGAUCUGCCCUACCUGCAGGAACUCAACACCAACGUGGUGCGUGUCUACCAGGUCGACCCCGAUGCCGACCACACCACCUGCAUGAACCUGUUUGCCGAUGCCGGCAUCUACGUGCUGGCGGAUCUGUCCACCUCCGACUACUCCAUCACCAGCGACGACCCCCAGUGGAACCUGGAGCUGUACGACUUCUACGCCAGUGUCGUCGACUCCCUGGCCAACUACACCAACACCAUGGGUUUCUUCGCCGGUAACGAGAACUCCAACCGGGCCAACAACACCGGCGCCAGUGCCUUCGUCAAGGCCGCCGUUCGUGACAUGAAGGCCUACAUCAAGACCAAGGGCUACCGCGACAUCGGUGUCGGUUACUCCGCCGCCGAUGCCAGCGCCAUCCGAGACGACCUGGUCGCCUACUUCAACUGCGGUGACCAGACCGACGCCGUCGACUUCUUCGGUGACAACGUCUACGAGUGGUGCGGUGACUCCAGCUACACCGAGUCCGGCUACAACGUCAUGACCGAGGACCUCAAGAACUACUCCGUCCCCUACUUCUUCUCCGAGUACGGUUGCAUCACCGUCCAGCCCCGUUCCUUCAGCAACGUCCCCGUCAUGUACGGUUCCGAGAUGGACGACUGGCUCAGCGGUGGUAUCGUCUACGAAUACUUCCAGGAUGCCAACGACUACGGUCUGGUCACCAUCUCCGACGGCUCCGUCAGCACCCUAACCGGCUUCUCCUCCUACUCCAAGGAAAUCAACUCGGUCAGCCCCACCGGCACCAACAGCGCCAGCUACACCCCCACCAACACCGUGGCCCGGUCGUGCCCCACCGUCGGAGCCUCCUGGGACGCCGCCAGCAACCUGCCCCCGGCCCCGAACGCCGAGCUCUGCUCCUGCAUGGAGGAAACCCUCAGCUGCGUGGUCAAGGACUCCGUCUCGUCCAAGAAGUACUCGGACAUGUUCGGCACCGUGUGCGGCUACGGCGUCUGCGGCGGUAUCGACACCAACACCACCUCCGGCGUCUACGGCGCCUACUCCAUGUGCAACUCCAAGCAGAUGCUCAACUGGGCUCUGAACGCCUACUACGAGGAGAACAAGGCCAAGGGCGGUACCUCGGCCUGUGACUUUGGCGGUUCCGCCACCAUCACCUCUACCGUCUCCCCGACCGGUACUUGCUCCUCCCUGCUCAGUGCCGUCGGUACCGCCGGUACCGGCACCGUCUCUCUCUCUGCUGCUGCUGGUACUAGCACCGGUGACUCGAGCAGCGGUAGCAGUGGCUCGAAGAGUAGCUCCGCUGGUAUCCCUGGGUACUCGAGCUACACUACCUCUCUGGGUCUGGGUCAACUGGCUGUGUUUGUGGCCGUUGGUCUGUUGUCUGGUACUGGUAUGAUUCUUUUGUAGAGAGUUAUAGUUUUUUUUUUUA